AUUUCAGUACCAAAAGCGGUAACCCCGAGCUACACACGGGCUUACCAUGCGGCGCUGCUCUGGCAUUUGUUCUUCCCUUACCUUACCCUGCGCUCCCGCGAUGUGUCCCCUGCAGCGUCCCCGGCCAUCUCCUCCGGCUUCUGUGUCCUGUCCCUGUGACGUCGGGACGUACGGGCGCCGCCGGCGGCGGGAAAUGUAAAAAUUUUAAAAAAUGUCAUUUUUUUUUUUUUACAUUUUACAUAUGCUUUGUCCUGUGCCCUGCCUGCAUUUUGUCUGUUCUUUCUG